AUGAUCGACCACGUCCUGGGCCGGCCCUCGACCAAGUCGCGGCGCCUCCAAGUCCUCGCCGUGCUCUCCCUCUGGGGCCUCUACCUACAAAAAGGGGGUCGCCACGGGCCGCCUGGCCUCGGCGCCGUCUCCCGCUUCUUCAGCACCCGCCUGACGCCGUGGCAAGUCACCGUGCUCACCAUGAUGGCCAUGUACGCCGCCCGCAACUUCUCCGCCCUCGUCGGCCUCGCCAGCCCCGAGCCCAUGGCCAACAUGUACGACACGACCUACUUCCGCGCCACCUGGGUGCUCACCGCCAUGGACGCCGGCUUCUGGACCGCGAUGCGCAUCCGCUCCAAGUGGGCGCGCGACCUCGCCGGCGUCGUCUUCUCCAUCUUUUACCUCUUCGCCGCCGAGCGCGCCGACGAAAAGGUCCGCAAGGUCCGCGGCGCGCUGACCGUCGAACACAUGCGCGUCGCGUGGAACAAGGGCACCACACCGUACCUGCGUGUGCUGCAGAGCCUCAUGCGCCCACGCUUCACAAAGUGGCCGCCGCGCCAGGUCCGCAUCCCGCGGCCCGCCGGCAGCGACUACACCGAGCCCGUCGCCGCCUGGCUCUACUUUGACGGCCCGCUGGCUGACCUGGCCGGACACACACGACUGGUUCUUGAUAUCCCCGGCGGCGGCUUCGUCGCCAUGGACCCGCGCUGCAACGACGACAAGCUGUUUGCCUGGGCCACCAAGUCCGGGCUGCCGAUCCUCAGCCUCGACUAUAAGAAGGCGCCCGAGUUUCCGUACCCGUACGCGCUCAACGAGGUCUUUGACGUCUACUCGACGCUAGUCCGCACGCGCGGUAAGUGCAUCGGCAUGGCUGGCGAGACGAUUCCGAAUAUUGUCAUUACCGGCGACAGCGCCGGCGGCAACCUCGCUGUGGCGGCGACGCUCAUGGUGCUCGAGACGGCGAGCACGCCGUUUCGCAAGACGCCGCGCGGCAGCACGCUGCCGCCGCCCGACGGCCUCGUCUGCUUCUACCCGGCCCUGGACAUGAAUAUUGGCAACUGGAUGACAGACGAGCAAAUGUCCCUCAUCCGUGACCGCAAGUUCCGCAAGACGAACCUCGCCAUUGUGCGCAAAAAGAGCCGCCAGUACACGGAUGUAGUCGGCACCCCGUACCACUCCGAGGACGAGGACGAGGCGUCGCCCAAGGACACGUCCGACGCCAGCACCACCACCACCACCACCAACCCAAUGGACAAGCUCGCAAGCUCCCGUCCCGAGUUUUCUCACAGCGCGCCGCAGCCCCCCAGCGUGCCGACGUCCCCGGCAGUAGCCAUGACGGCGACGGCCGUGUCGCACCACCCCGAGCCGAUGAAGACGCGCCUCGCCACGUCCUCGAUGAUCUCGUACGUCAACGACCGCGUGCUCACGCCCGAGAUGAUGCGCGCCAUGAUCAUCCUCUACAUUGGCGAGCACAACCGCCCCGACUUUUCGCAGGACUACAUGCUCAGCCCCGUGCUCGCACCCGAGUACCUCCUCGCCCGCUUCCCCAAGACGUACUUCAUGACAGGCGAGCGCGACCCCCUCGUCGACGACACCGUCAUCUUCGCCGGCCGUCUGCGACGCGCCAAGGAGACGGCGAUGGCGCAGCCGGGCCUCUUUUCCGAAGAGGAGAUGGAUGCGCACGGCGACGACGACGACACCGCGCCCGAGGUGGUGCUCAUCCCCGGCGCCUCGCACGGCUUCAUGCAGUUUCCGGGCAUCUACCCGCCGUCGUGGCGCCACUUUGCCCGCAGCGCCGAGUGGUUUGACCAGCUGUUUCUCGAGGCCGACGAGGCGCGGGCGCGGGCCCGCCGCCACCGCCGCCGCCGCGCCGCUGCGCGAUACGAGGAGGAGGCUGCCGGCCGGACAAGGGCGACCGCCGCCGCUGCGGCGGAGUCGAGCGGCGACGAGGACAAGCCACUCGAGAUGAGCAUGACCAAGCUGACCAGAGGCCGGAGCGCGACGGUGGGUCACGAGGAGGAGAAGAAGAAGACGAAUGGGGACGAGGGGGACGAGGUGGGAGAGGAUGGGGACCAGAGGCCGAAGCGCAAGAUUAAACAGAAUAAGAGCUUGCUGAAGCUGAAGAGUACGGAUGAUUUGCUGGGGCGACGAAUGGCGGGCGUGGCGAGCGGGCUGACGGGCACGGGCGAGGAAGAUUAA